CCACUUGAUUUGGUUGGCACAUGAGAUAAUGAUGCAUUAGGAAGUUGCCUACGGAAGGCAACAAGGUUCAGCCAGAGUUUGGGGGUGAGGAAAAGAGGAGCAGAGCUUGUGGGAGAGCUCCAGCUCCAGGCAAAGGCCAAGAGUGUUUAUUUUGUAAAUAUUGAAGCCCUGACUAAAUAAUUGGGAAUUUGGCUGUGUACUCUGGGCUUUGUUGGUUCUGUUGUUCUAGUUUUGUAAUCUUCUCCCAGCAGAUUCAGAUAGAUUCAUAGAGAGAGUUUAUGAGAUGAGUUUUCUCUCCCAAAAAAUUGAAAGAAGUGAGCUUGUAGCUGGUGAUCAUAUCUACACUUGGAGAGCUGCUUUCACUUAUUCCCACCAUGGCAUCUAUAUUGGAGAAAGCAAAGUCGUUCAUUUUGCAGGCACAUUUGGCAGCUCCUCUAAUCCCUUUAAAUGGUCUUCUUUCGGAUUCAGUGCUUCAACUUCGAACCCAUUAUCAGCCUGUCCAAAUUUUCCUAACUGUGGAUUUCGACAUCCUAACAGUGGGGUGGUGCUCUCUUGCUUGGACUGUUUCCUUGCUAAUGGGUCCUUGUAUCGCUUCGAGUAUGGAGUCUCUAAAGCCAAGCUCCUAUUCAAACUCAGAGGUGGCACGUGCACCACUGCAGAAUCAGACCCGCCAGAACUAGUGAUCCACAAGGCCAUGUAUCUGCUUCAACAUGGAUUCGGGGGCUACAAUGUUAUGCGUAAUAACUCUGAGCAUUUUGCAAUGUACUGCAAAACUGGACUUGUAUGCAUUAUUGGCGGGAGUGGUCAAGCUUUUGUGUUUCAGGUUCCAUUCUUGGCAUCUGGUACUUGCAAAGUCAUGAAAUGGCUAGCUUCUGGAGCUGGUAUGGGUACGACCAUAGCACUAUCAACUGGGACAUAUUUUAUGAGCAGGUAUUGCAAUGAUUUAGGCAUUCGAGUGGAUGUUAUGAAGGUCCCAGUGUUGGUCCUCGCUUUAAUUCAUGAUUCAGCAAAACAGUCCUCUUUCAGAGCCAGUCAAACUUCCGAUCCAAGUCCCAAAGAAUUUACAAAAUCAGAUGUGCAACUACCCAAAAUCGAUGAGAUUAUAAAGGAAUUAGAACAACCAACCAACUUUGAAUGUGAAAAUGAUCUUGUCAGAAUGGAUAAUACUCUAACAUCUCGCGUUCUGGCCAUAAAGAAAAACUUUGUGAAGAAAUUGGUUGACAUGGAUCCCCUUUGCACCAAAAGAAAUGAUUGAACUUGCUAACUCUUUUCUGAAGUUUUUUUCCCAGUUUCCAUUCGAUGUUGGUUCUUUGUACUUCUUGGUGAAGGACUUUAUUGUUCAAGCUUAUGAACUAGCAUGUGCGAGACAAGAACUGAAUUUGUGCUGUUCAGAUUUCAACGGCACUCAAUUGUUGCAGAAAACUUCUGAUUGUAUUCAAGUUUUGACUGAAGAGCGCAAUCGCCUUGAGCUUUUAUGGUUGGAAGUGAAGAAAGGGUUAAAAGCCAUUGACGAUGAAAUUGAGCCAUUGAGAUCUCGGCUUCCAGUUCUGGAGGGGGAGAGGGAAUCCAAAGGUGCUUAUUUUCGUAACAUCAAGAGUAAUUUGGAACAAACCUCGAAGAAGCUUUCAGAUGCCUCUAAUCUCAUGGAUGGGCUCGAGUUGGCAUCAUUAUCUAAUUCUUUGGAGCAAUCUGCACGACUUGCUGACUUAGAAGCAGCUUUGGGAGAUGCCAGAGCCCGACUUCUUUCUUAGAGUCCUAUCCUUUUCUCUCUUUAUUACCCGUAGCUGAACCAUAGCUGGGUAGCUUUUGACAGUUUGAUAAGUUCAGUAAUUUAGUAGUAUGAUCUUGUAGUGAGGUGAUGUGGGAAUCCCCUCUUUAUUCAGUAAACAAAUAUUUUUUUUUUAAACUUUUACGUCUUUUUUAAUGCUCUUUCUAGUAAAAUUGUCUAAUCUUCUCUGCUUCAAGUUUGGGGGUCUCGUCAAUCUGUUAAUACUUUCCCUGAUUCU